AUGUUUAUUUUACGAUACGAACUUGCAGACGAAAAACCCAAUGUGGAUCCUUUAAGCGCUCAGCGUAUACGGGAUUUAGAAUCGAUUGAAAAAUUGAUCGUUGAAAUAAUUAAUACGGCAGCUCAUGCAAUCAUGGGUCUUGCAUUGGACGGGAAACAACCAACACAAGGUGAAGAUGAUUUUGCAAAAAAGGAUAAGGCUGAAAAACUUACCCCUGAACAACAAGAAGAAAGUUUUAAAAAAUAUGCCCAAGAAUUUGCUAAUUUGAUAGAGAAAAUUCAACUUCAAUUGCGUUUCCAAUUUCGGUGUAUGCGGAACAUGGGUAUAACAGCUGGCGACAUACCUUUUCAUACUGUAACAUAUGGAGAAGCCAAAGAAUAUGAAAGUUGGAUGAAUGCCGCAAAAAUCUUACGAAAGAAGCUUGACAAAAUCAGUAUUGCUGCAGAUGGUUUGCAAGAUUCAAAAAGCGAGUUUAUGGAAGUUGAUGAAUAA